GUUAUCAAGUAAAUAAUGCAUCUUCGAAGUAUGUAUAAUGUUGAAAUUAACGGUGACAAGCGUAGCGAAGAAUUGUUACGCGAAGCAUCUGCGUACGGAGAUGAGGAUAGCGUGAGAUCUUUCAUAGAGAAUGGUACUGACGUAAACGCUCAACAUAAUGUGAAUGGAUGGACUGCUUUGCAUUGGGCUGCUAAAAGAGGUCAUUCUUCUGUUGUUCGCUAUCUACUAUCUCGUGGUGCUGAUCCAACAUUGACAUCUGUUUAUGGAGAAACUGCCUUAUCAUUAGCAAAGAAAGAUGAUAUAAGACAAAUAUUAUCACUGGAUAAUGAUGAAAGUUCAGAAUUUCAAAGUAAUCCUCUCCCUAUAACACCUAACUACUUAGCCAAUCCACCAUUAGUAGAAAAAGUCAUAAUGCAAAAUUCGCACAAUUUAGAAGAUACUUACAAUUCAAGUAAUGCAUCUAACAGGUGUUUAAAACGAGACUGUGAUGAAGAAUUAGUUUUGAAGGUUCGAACAUCUGAUCCACCAAAUCAAGAUUUUAUUGAGAUUGAAAUUCCACUGAAGAAUUUAUCAUAUGAAAAUGUGUUCAGAAUUUGCUGUGAGGAGUUAAAUGUAUUACCAAAUAAUGUUCUGAAAUUCAGAAAACUUCCUAAUACAGUUGUUCGGAAAGAUAAAGAUGUCAUGCGGUUCUGCAAUUUCCAAGAACUGGAACUAGUCUUAAAUUCAUCUGCUACAACUGUAAAAUCACCAUGCUUGUCAAAGUCACCAGCGCAGCCAGUAAUUAAUGGGACUAUAAAUAAUAACUCUUCUUAUACUUCUAACACUUUUAUAAAAAAAUCAAAUUACUGCAAAAAUGGCACAAUUUUAUAUUAAUGAAAUUAACAGCAAAAUGUUGCCUUGUUCUUAGUUGCACACUUAUUUUCCACAUAUUAUAAAGUUGCAAAAUCAUUUUUGAAAGCAAGUUUAUAACGAAAACCAUAGAAGUAGCAUUACUAUUAGAUCUACAAUAGAAAUACAAGAACAUUGUAAUGAAAUAAUAAACUUUACAAUCUACGUGAAUUGCGUUAAGCAAAUUUCUGCUCACUAAAAUGUGUAUAUUUACGAGAAGCAUAACUUUAGAACAAUGACAGGAUGCAGCUCUUUUGAAUAUUUUCCUUUUCAUAUGUAUUGCUGAUGUUUCAUAGAAAAUGUGAUAUUUUUAAUUCUAGUCUCUUGUUUGAAUAAACUGUUUUUAUACAACAA